AAUAAAAUAAAAUACUAUAAAUCUAGAUCUAUCCAAAAAACACUGUCCAAAAACAGAUCUUUCUGUCUUGUAAUAUCAGUUAUUUUUACAGCAUCUAGAUCUAUAAUUGUCGUUAAGUGUGGGGUUUUCUCUUUUUAUAAUAAAAACAAUAAAUGGGGUCUUUCUUUGGACUUUGAUAUAGCAAACUUUGAGUUACGUUCUAAAGUUUUGCUCUUUGAAGCUUCCUGCGAUCUUUAGAACUAUCUUGGGUUGUUUUUCUUUUUUCCCUUUUUUCCUUCUAAUUCCAAGUAACAAUACAAAAAGUAGAGGUCGAAGAGAGUUGGUUAUAUGGAAAGUUCAAGGAACAAGAGAGGAUACGAGGAGGGUGUUGGAGAUGCAGACUACCUGACAGAACCCAAAAAACCAAAGUUACCCGCUUUGGCAAGUGUAAUAGUGGAAGCUCUGAAGGUGGAUAGUAUGCAAAGACUUUGCUCAUCUUUGGAGCCUAUGUUACGCAGAAUUGUCAGUGAGGAAGUGGAGCGGGCUUUGACAAGAAUAGGGAAUGCCAAAUUGACUGGAAGGUCUUCACCACCGAGACUACAAAGUGCAGAUGGAAGAAACCUACAACUUCAAUUCAGAACAAGAAUGCCACCUCACCUAUUCACAGGAGGGAAGGUGGAGGGUGAGCAAGGAGCAGCCAUCCAUGUCGUCUUGCUAGAUGUGAUCACAGGCACUGUGGUGCAAACUGGACCAGAAUCAGCAGCCAAACUAAAUGUUGUGGUGCUAGAAGGUGACUUCAAUGAGGAAGCUGAUGAGGAUUGGAGUAAAGAGCACUUUGAGAACUAUGAAGUAACAGAGCGUGAUGGGAAAAGGCCGCUUUUGACUGGGGAAUUACAAGUAACCCUCAAGGAAGGAGUAGGAACUCUAGGAGAUCUUACUUUCACUGACAAUUCAAGCUGGAUUAGGAGUAGAAAAUUUAGGCUUGGUUUGAAGAUUGCUCCUGGGUUUUGUGAAGGGAUUCGUGUGCGUGAGGCUAAAACAGAGGCUUUCGCUGUUAAAGAUCAUAGGGGAGAAUUGUACAAGAAACAUUACCCACCUGCACUGCAUGAUGAAGUAUGGAGAUUGGACAGAAUAGCCAAGGAUGGAGCAUUACAUAAAAAGCUGUUAAAGGCUGAAAUUGUAACAGUUGAAGAUUUUCUUCGACUUCUUGUCAGGGAUCCACAAAGAUUAAGAAAUAUCCUGGGAAGCGGAAUGUCCAAUAGAAUGUGGGAGAAUACGGUGGAGCAUGCUAAGACUUGCGUCUUGGGAGGAAAGCUUUACAUUUACUACACUGAUCAAACCAAUAGCACCGGUGUUGCUUUCAAUCACAUUUAUGAACUCAGAGGCUUCAUCUCUGAUGGGCAAUUCCUUGCUUUGGAAUCACUUAACGACAGUCAAAAGGUUUUUGUAGAUUCCCUGGUGAAGAGAGCAUAUGAAAAUUGGCAUCAAGUAAUAGAAUAUGAUGACACGGUGCUCAACUCCCUUGCAAGUACAAAGAGAACAAAUCCCUCAACUGCAUCAAUAAAUGAGAACAACCACGAUGCAGAUUACUACACCACGACUACUCAGAAGACUAGGCAGCAGUAUAUCACCUCAGAGCCAAGCCCACAGUGCCAGAAUAAUAAUACCCACUAUGCAGUCCCUCAGUUGAUUGAAUUUCCCUUUGGAAGGUCUGAUCAGAAUGCAGUAAUGACAAUGAACAAUCAAAAAGAACUAUUACCUGGUAGCACGAAUUACAUGCAAAUUGGCAACUCUACAGCCGGAGUGUCAGGUUUUGCAGCAGAUUGGUCUAGGCCAAGGAAUGGGCAGGGAUUGGAAGAUUUCUUUGCCGAGGAAAUCCGGCUUAGGAGUUCAGAAAUGUUGGAGAGUGAUGACAUGCAGAGACUGCUGAAAACAUUUGGAGUGGGAGUUGGUAUGGGGGCCGGUUUUGGUCAUUCUGACGAGGCUUGUUACACUUAUACCAUACCUUAUGAUCAUCAGAUAGACCACUCUUACGCCCAGGAACGUGGCAGAGGUUCAGGGAAGGCGGUCGUGGGGUGGCUUAAGUUGAAAGCUGCUUUAAGGUGGGGAAUAUUUAUAAGAAAGAGAGCUGCUGAGAGAAGAGCUCAGCUUGUUGAGCUUGAUUAGUUGACUCUGAUGCUUUAAACUUAUUUUUUUUACCAUAUUUUUAGCUGGUUAACAAAGGAUUGGUGGCUCAGAAAUCAUUAACCAUCGUUGGAAACAUUGUUGCAUGAUUCCAAGCUCUCUAAUCUUUGCCAAUAUCUGGUAGGCACUCAAAGAAAGCUGAUGACAAGUAGAGAGAAGAUCAGAAGUCAAAAGAAUUUCUGUAUAUGAAAGCUCAGAGGCCAUUUUUAUGCCAUUCUCUUUGUUCCAGAUACCUGACAGGAUAAUGUUUUUCAUGCUUUUAACACGUAAUUUCAUUCGUUUUAUUUUUCCACAAGGAAAUGUAGCUUUAUUUUGUAAAGUUUCAACCCAAAGAAGGUGAUAUUAUUAUUCCU